AUGAGUUUCAAGCUUCAUGUUUUCCUAUGUCUUCUUCUCGCGCUCGGUCUUAUCUCUUCGGCAGUGGCAGCUGGUCGGAUAGUUCCCAAAGAUGAGGAGCAAGACAAUUGCAGUCUCGAUGGUGAUCGACCCGAUAGCUGUCAUAACUACGCCGGUGAGCGUCGUGUGACUGCGAACGAUGAAGGAGUCGUGCCACAAACAGAAGACGAAACAAAAGAAUCAAACGUAGAUCACCAUGGUGUUGAUAGCGAUACUGAUGGAUAUGGAAUUAAUCAAGGCGGACAAGGCGGAGGUAGAGGCGGACAAGGCGGUAAAGGAGGCGGACAAGGCGGUAAAGGGAGCGGACAAGGCGGAGGUAGAGGUGGACAAGGCGGACAAGGAGGUAAAGGAGGCGGUCAAGGUGGUAAAGGAGGCGGACCAGGCGGAGGUAGAGGCGGACAAGGCGGACAGGGCGGAGGUAGAGGUGGACAAGGCGGAGAAGCAACAUCUAUUGCAGGCAAUGGGGUGUGUACUCGUGCUUCAUGUGUUAAGGAAGAACGGGUUCCAAGGAUUCAUUGGAUCUCCGAAGACGAUAAUGGUGUUGAAUCUUCCAACGGCGAUGUUGGAUAUUCUGAUGGUGGUGAGGCUAAUUGGUGGCUGGCGGGGCCAUUGCUUGUGAGGAGGUUUGAGGAUGGCUUGUGUGAACUCAAGUGGGACUGGACUCAUUGUGACUUGUGA